GUCUGCUUCUCUCAUUAGUAUCAUAUUAAUAUUUUUGUUUUUGUAGUUUAAAGUUUAAACACAUUAUUGACAAUUUUAUUUGAAAAUGGAAACAGUACGACCCUGUGGCUGCAAAGGCAUUCGCACGUGUUUAAUUUGCGAAAAAGACUUUAACAUUUUAAAGCCGGACUUUGCAGACGAGUGUAAGAAAUUACAAAGUUACGUUUACUGCCCUCACUGUGACAAAGCAUGGCCAGGUUGGGACAUUAGUUUAUAUAAAGAACAUCCCAAUCAUCAAGGGAUACAUGUUGAUUUUCCUGGGACAUACAUACAAUUAGAUUUUUUAAACACUGACGAAUGCGAUGCAUUAAUUAAUAGCUUGGAUUCUUUACCAUGGGAUACAUCUCAAAGCGGCAGAAGGAAACAGAAUUUUGGACCUAAAACGAAUUUUAAGAAAAAACGCUUGAAACUAGGAAAUUUCAAUGGAUUUCCAGAGUGUACAAAGUUUGUUCAAGAUAAGCUUAGUCAAGUUCCAAAAUUAAAUGAUUUUCAAACAAUUGAACAAUGCAGUCUUGAAUACGAUCCUCAAAAGGGAGCUUCCAUUGAUCCACACAUUGACGAUUGUUGGAUUUGGGGGGAGAGAAUAAUCACAGUUAACGUACUGGGAGAUUCUGUGCUAACGAUGACACCGUACAGGGGCUCCAGAGACAAAUACAAUUUAAAUUGUGUGGAACACUAUCAAAAUGAAGACUUACCAGAAAUGAAUUACGUUGUCAGAUUACCUAUGCCAGUGGGCUCGUUAAUGGUCCUCUAUGCGCAAGCAAGGUACCAAUGGGAACAUGCUGUAUUGAGAGAAGACGUAAAUUCGCGUCGUGUUUGUUUGGCGUACAGAGAAUUCACGCCUCCUUAUCUUCCUAACGAAAAAACAAAGUGCAAUGAGGAAUCGUUGGAAAUACUAGAAAAAGCAGUCAAUUUUUUUCAUUGACAAAUAUAAAGACGCAUAUUUAACUGCCUACAUGUCAAGUCUUUGUAUACAAUUGUAAAUAUAUUUAUUUGUUAAUGGAG